AUGGAUAUGAAUAUUGCCUUUUAUGAAAAUGCUAAUUCUGACCAUGAUAAUCAUAAUAUAGAUCCAUUUCAUACAUCAUCUUUAAAUGAAUAUGAUGAUGAAGAUAUAGCAUUGGGUGAUGAAGCUGGUGCUAAUUUUGUUACAAAUUUAAGUGAUGAUGAUGGACGUGAUCCACGUAGUUUAAAUGUUUCACCAACCAUGGACGAUGAUGCUGAUGUACCUGCAUUAAUCAACCUUAGACCUUUAGAAACACCACCAAUAACACCAUUAUUAGAAAAAUCUAAUACGAUUGAUCAUAGUAUUGCAACUGCAGCUAAUAAAAAUAAUGAACCAUAUCAUCUUCCUACUAUUUCACGCACUACAACAAGUGAAAAUGAUAAUAGCGCAUAUAAUGAUUAUCAUAGACCAUCAACAUCACAUCUAGGCAGUACAAGUACUUUAUUACCAUGGAAAAAUAAUAAUGAUAGAUAUAUGCAAAAUACAGCGAAUGAUGAUAUGGUACAAAUUUCAAAUUUUAGUUCUUUAAUUCAAAGUUGGUUACAUGAUUCAAAUAGUUUACAAUCAAAUCGUCGUUCAUUAUCAGUUUCUGAUCGACCAUGGUCAUUGAAUUCAAUUCAACGUGAUAUUGAACAAUUUCAUCGUAUGUAUAAGUAUAAAAAUGCUAUUGAAGCAUCAAAAAAAAUGCUUCAAAAUGGUAUUCUUGAUUAUCAUCAUCAUGCAGAAUAUAUUAGUAAUACAUUAUCGAUGUGUUCGGAAUGUUAUUUAAAACUAAAUGAUUAUAGACAUGCUAUUCAAUAUGCUACAGAAGCGUUACAAUAUAAUAAAAUGGAUAAUGAUGCAUUAUUUUGUCGAGCUGAAGCAUUUGAAAAAGAAAAAUUUUCUCUUUUCAGUUAUGCAGAUUAUACACGUAUAUCAAAGAAUAGUUUUCACUGUAGUACAGCACAACGUGCAUGUAACAAAUUAUCAAUAGAAUUAAAUUCUAAUGAAGCUGAAACAUGGCGGGAAAAAUUACCAACUGAUCAAAAUGAUGAUGAAAGUUUUUUAACUUAUUUAAAACAUCAAAACACAUUUGAAGAAAAUAAUGCAUAUCAUUGGUAUGAAAAAUAUGCUGAAGAAUUUUAUUCUGAUGCUUGUUUUGUUCUUGCUAUUCGAUAUUAUACAUAUUGUAUUGAAUUACAAUCAAAUAAUAUUUCAAUUUAUUUAAAACGAGCAUCAUGUUAUUUAAAAGUAUUUGAGGCACAAAAAGCAAUAAAUGAUUGUGAUUUCGUAUUAAAACAAGAUAAAACUAAUAUUCUUGCUUUAUAUUAUAAAGCAUCUGCUUAUAAAUUAUCUCAUGAUAAUCAUUCAUAUGAAUUAACAUUAAAAGAAUACAUUAAAAUUGAACCACAUAAUCAAAUCGUUCUAGCAGAAUAUUAUACAUAUCGACGUGAACAAAUUCCACGAAAAAAACGACGAAUACGAAUAAAUUCUAUAUCAUCAAAAGUUAAUAAUGAAGAUCAACUUACGUAUGAACAAAUUGAACAAAUACGUUGUGAAGAAAUAUUUCCGAAUUCAUCAAUUGAUUUAGAAAAUAUUACUGAUAUUAAAGAACAAUGUUCAUUUAUUCUUCAUUCAUUUCAAUUAAUAACUUAUCCAACAAAAAAACUUCUUGAAAUUAUUAUUCAUAUUUGUCGAAUAAUGCUUCGAGCUGAAGAUUUAUAUCGAAAGAAAAAUGCAACGGAAGAAGUACCAUUUUCUUAUGUUCGAUUUUGUUUUGAUAUUCUUGUUCAAUUAACUGAAUUUUCACAAAUUGAUAUAGCGUUAUUAAUGAUUGAUCAACAUUCAAGAAAAUCACUUGAUCAUUUAAUAGAUUGUUAUUCAGAAGAAUAUAAUGAUACUAUUUCAUUUAACCAGCCUACAUUUUGUUCUCUUGCAACUUGGGAAACAAAUGGGACAGUUUUUGCAAACAGUACUUUGCUUGGACUCGACUCAUUAGAUUUGUUUAUCGAUACUAAUAACACCAUAUAUGCAACAAGUCCCUUGAAUAAACAAGUUCUUGUUUGGCUUGAAGGAAGUUCUGCUCCGGUUAGGAUUAUUUCCAAUAAUUUAAUAGUAUCUUAUGCUCUUUUUGUAACAAAUAACGGAGAUAUUUAUACCAAUAGUGGUGGAGAUGGUAAACGUAUUGACAGAUUGUCUGUAAACUCAACGAUUGGUGUUCCCGUUAUGUAUACUAAUGGAAUAUGUUAUGGAUUAUUUAUUGAUCAAAACAAUAAUCUUUACUGUACUAGUCCUUUCGAAAAUAUUGUCCUAAUGAUUCCACUUGACAAUAGUACUAACACAACAGUGAUAGUUGCUGGAAAUACAACUUGUGGGCCAUCCGCAAACACACUUUGUAGACCUUAUGGAAUAUUUAUUGAUUCGAACUUUGAUUUAUAUGUAGCAGAUACUGCCAAUAGCAGAAUUCAACUUUUCAGAUCUGGACAAAUGAAUGCGAUAACAGUGACUGUAAAUGGAACCUCAAACGGUAUUUUAUUAUUUUACCCAACAGGUGUUAUGAUUGAUGGUAAUGGAUAUUUAUAUAUUGCCGAUAUGGCAAGUUAUAGAAUUAUUCGCUCUGGGCCAAAUGGUUAUAAUUGUGUGAUUGGAUGUAUAGGGACAAGUGGAUUAGCUUCUAAUCAGCUCAAUCAACCAUACAAACUUACUUUUGAUAGCCAUGGCAAUAUAUUUGUUUUAGGUUACGUCAAUAGUCUCGUUCAGAAAUUUAUGUUGGCAACAAAUUCGUGUGAAUCAACUACUAUGAUGACACCGCUUGAUACUACAAUUAUGAAUGUUCGCACAUCAUCAUCUAUUUUUUCUCCAUUAUUAUGUUCUAAUACAGCAUAUAUGGGUCUUAAUUGUAGUAUCUCUAGUAGUCUAUGUGAUAUACUUCAACCAUGUCAAAACAAUGGUACUUGUCAUAACACUAAUCAAAAUUCUCUUGGUUAUAUUUGUUCAUGUCCAUUGCAUUUCAAUGGUACUUAUUGUCAAUUUGAUGAUCGACCGUGUCAGCCAAAUACUUGCGUCAAUAAUGGUAUAUGCUCCGAAAUGUCAAAUAUAACCUUUAUGUGUAAAUGUGCAAUCGGAUGGAAGGGUGAUCGUUGUGAAACAAAGAUUAAUUAUUGUGCAAACAUAACAUGUCUGAAUAAUGGUGUUUGUCGACCAUUAUUGAGUACAUAUAAAUGUGAAUGUCUGGGACAAAGUUAUUCUGGAGAAUAUUGUGAAAAAUCAACAAAUAGCCUGGUUGUUCAUCAAGUAAUUUCAAAAUCAUUUGGAUAUAUAGUAAUUAUUGCUCUAAUAAUCGUUGCCGUAUUUAUCACGACUUUAGAUAUAUUAAAAUAUUUUUUUGGUAUUGGUCCAGUACGUAAAAACUUGAAAGGAAAGAAAAAAAUUAAAAAGUCUAAUCCUCAACUGGUAAUACGAGUUAUAUACAUGAGUUAA